UGGCCACACAAUUAAAAUUUCAGCGUUCCUCUUUCUUUCUUUGAAUUGGCAGCACUUCUCUUGCCACCAACAGCUGAGCUGUCAAAAACACGUGUUGGUUACUUGGUAUCAUUUGUUGUUAAAUUUUUAAGAGUUAAGUUCAGCUAGUAAAAAUGCUGGACAAUACGCCGCCUCAUCGACAAAGCUUCAAUUAUGACAGCGACGAGGAGCUUAUAGAGGAAAUAGCACUAGUUGAACAUGACGAACCACCUUUAGAUGACGACGACGAGCUAGAAAUGGAGGAAGUUACAAUGGCAGAGCUGGAAAAUCGGUUAAUGCACGCCGAGAACAGAGAGAGCGAUGAUGAAGCAGAGAUCGAAGAUCAACAGCGAAUUGCAAACAUUAAGGAUGAAGCACUUUUCACGUUCCGCAAACAUAAGCAGCCGGUUUUCGCAUGUGGCUUCCAUCCACAGCGCGACUGGGCAGUGACUGGUAGCCAAGACGACCUUGCCUACGUCUGGAAUAUAAGCACUGGAGAGGUUCUGUACGAGAUAAACGAGCAUCGGGACACAAUAACAGAGGCCCACUUUAGCCACGAUGGAAGCUACUUGGUUACCGGUGACCUAGCUGGCGAGCUGCGUGUGUACAAAGUCAGCGAGCAACGCGAAGAUCGUCCCAUUUUAAGCAAAGUUUGGGAGUAUUCUAUGUCUGACAUGACUUGGUUGUUUUGGCAUCGUGCUGCCCACGUCUUAAUUGGUGGCAGCGACAAUGGGGACGUCUACGUCUGGCGCAUACCAGGGGGGGAUUGCAAAAUUUUGCCUGGCCAGGAUGAGCGCUGCGAGGCGGGUGAUCUGAGCAAUGAUGGCAAGAAGCUUCUUACAGCAUAUAUAAAUGGCGUGAUAAAGUUGUGGGAUCUGAAGACGUGCCAAGUCCUGAUGGAGGUAAAUAAACAGCACACGCUGGCAUUUGGCGAUAUCACCCACGCCAUUGUAGCCUGUGAUCGUGACUCGCCCUUUUACCUGUGCGCCGAAGGUGGUGGAAAAAUGCUUUUCUGCACCAAUAAUGGGCCCGUUAACAGUGUGCAGUGUGAGCAUGGCAUUGAAUGCGUGGCCUUUGCUCCGCCCACUGCUGAAUUAAAGUUGGUCGCAUGUGGCUCGCUGGAAGGGAAUAUCACCAUAUGGGACUAUAGCAAGUACGCCGUGCGUACUGUGUGUGAAAAUCCUUUGCCCAACGAUGGCGUGUUAAGACUGAAAUGGCUUAACGAUUAUACGCUGCUUGCUGCAACUUCUCAGGGCAAUCUCGUUGCUUACGAUGCGCGUACCGGUGUUCUUAAAUUUACAUUGACUGGACAUUACUAUGAUAUUUAUGAAUUUGUGUACAAGCCAGAAGAAAAUUUGUUGUUGUCGGUAUCCGAGGAUACCACUGCAAAAAUAUUUAAAGUGCCCUCAUUGGGCGAAUAAAUAUAUAAUAAUAGUUUGUAUACUGUUAAUAAAUGCAUAUGUAUUGUCCGAAUAGCUUAAUAAGUGUGUAAACAUAUAAGUAUUCAGUGUUUUUAUGUAAAUAUACAUAUCCAUAUGCCAAACAAUGUAACUAAAUAAUUAUCUCAUCGUAGUUGUGUAAAUAAUAAGAAAUUAAAUUUCGAUAAUUAAUAA